AUGUCUCUCACUAAGCUAGCCAAGCUCUUACUGGGUCUUUGUUGUGUUUUUGUGCUUGUGUUCUGUAAAGAUGGAAGUCCAUCACCAAAGAAAGUAGAAAUAUACACCAUUGUCCCCCCUCCCGGCGACUGUGAGAAAAAAGCCAAAGACGGGAACCUGGUACAAAUUCAUUUUAAAGGAACUCUGGAAAAUGGAACUGAAUUCUUUAACAGUUAUGAGAGAGAACCCAUUUCAUUUGCGAUGGGAUCGGGACAAAUAAUCAAAGGCAUAGAACAGGGCGUGGACGGAAUGUGUGAGGGAGAGAAAAGACGCGUUACAAUACCCCCUGCUUUGGCAUAUGGGUCCAAGGGGUCUGGUGAUGUGCCAGGUGGAGCCACUGUCAUUUUAGAAAUUGAAGUGCUGACAGUUAAGGACCAGUUUGACGUCAUUGACCAAUUCCAUAGAAUGGACGUUAACAAAGAUGGAGGUCUAGACUUUAAAGAGAUCGAAGAGGUGGUAAGCGGAGAGCAGUUCCAGAAAAUGAUGCCAGUGAAAAUGGACGAUAGCAUGCGUUUAAUGAUGAUACAGACCCUGUUCACAAUGUCUGAUAAGAACCGUGAUGGCCAGCUCGACCCAUCAGAAUUCACGCACAUGUCCAAAAUGGGAGCGAACGCCAUGAAGAAGAAAAAGAAUUCGGACGAGCUAUAAAAACCAACAUUUUGUACUUUUUGUUGAUAUU